AUGUACACGGAGAAGCUGAAUCUGAACUCUGAAAAUGAAAAGAUCACGAGUCUGGACUUCCAGCCGUGUUCGAGUGUGAACCGGCUAGCUAUUUCAAGUUUGCAUCAAAUAAAAAUAUAUCGCAUCCCUGUGUACGAUGCAAGUUGCAGGAGGAAGAUACAAAUUGAGUUACUAUUCAUUAGCAAUGACCAUAAUCUGGUCUAUAUCAACACGAUAAGGUGGAGUUUCAAUGGACAAUAUUUGGCUAGUUGUGACAGUGGGGGGACGUUGGUGUGCUACCAACUUGAUUCAAACAAGCAUGUAAAAAUACAAGGAGAAGAAAUGAAAAGUGUAACAAAGGAAGGGACAACAAAGUAUACAUCAGGAGGAAAUAUCUCCACUCCGAACAACAGCAAUAAUAAAGAAGAAUGGAAAAUUACAAGUUACAUAAAAAUACUAGAGAGUGGAGAAAUUUUUGACUUGGCCUGGUCCAGGGAUAAUGAACAUGUGGUGUGUGGAGUGUCUAAAGGAAUGGUUUACAUAUUUAACCUGAAGAAGUCUUACAUUUCUCACAAACUUUUUAUUAAAGGGACGAGAGAAAAUAUUAAAGGAGUAUCCUUUCACCCAACUAACAACUCCAUUAUUGCACAGAGCAGUGACAAUAUCGUAUGUGUGUGGAGAAAAAUUAAUAUUUACCCUGAACAAAAUAAUACGUUAAUGAGGGAUGCUGGACAAGGCAAAAGGAAUUUUACAAAAGAAGAAAAAGAUAUUUGCUCCUCUCAACAGCGCGACUUUGUAGGUAGUAGUAGUAGUACAACACCACAGGGAGGAGGAAAGUUUUCUCCACCUCAAGGAAUGACUAGAGAAUAUUUUGAAUGUUUAUAUGAAGAAAAAAUGAACAAGAAAAAUAAAAAUUUCGAUACCCCAACAAUACGACAUAUUUAUUUCGACAGUUUUGGAAAAUUUGCCAGCAUCACUCACAUCCCUAAUAAUGGAAGGAACUGUGGUGUCCUUCUUAAAAUUAAUAACAGUGAGGAGAUUAACAGGAAGAGGUUGUUCCUCGAUGGACAUGGGAGCUGUAUUAGGGUUGCUAAGAUUGGUCAGAAGGUUUUCAUUAAUCACAGGAAGAACAAAUUGUACAGCUUGUAUUGCCAGUGCAGUGAUAAUGGGGUCAUUUCUUUGUGGAAGAUUUUCCUCAAGAGGGUUAAGCGCUCGGGCAAGGCGCAUCAUCAGAAAGGCGACAUGCACGCGCAACAUGCACAGCAACAUGCGCUACACUGCGCCGCUUCUCCAUCGCCGCAUUUUUCGAAACUACCCAAAGUCAGUCAAAAAAAAAAAAAAAAAGUUAACAAAUACGCAAAGUGCUUCCUAAUAAUACAGAGCCUGCUAGAGGAACAGACCUGUGCAGUGGACGCAACUUGGUCUAGCUCAUCAGACCAACUGGUCAUUGGCGCCUCCAAUGGCUCUGUCUACAUCGUACAGAUAAACGUGCAGGCCCUCAGGUUGAAACCCUUUUACAAUCAAGUCGUACUGGAGAUUAACGAAAUUACUGUCAAGUGUAACAGAGAGCGUGAAGCGGACCCCGCAGAACAGAGCAACACCAAAGUCAAGUCCGUUAAAGACAAAGUGGAGAAGAAACCAAGGAACAGAAUAACACCAAAGAUAAAGUACCUGUACGAUGAGCAUGGAAAUAUUAUACAAAACUCAACGUCGCAUGAGGUCAUUCACAUACUGCAGUGUGCCGUCUUUUGUACUACACAGCAUGUACAUAUCGACCCCUACUUUGGGUGUAAUUUGAAGGGGAAGACCUUUUGUGGGGAUCCCCUUUUGUGGGAGAGGAAGUGUGACAACAGCCGUGCACACUACCCCUUCAACUUUGCUUCCUUUGUGAGGUUCUUCCUCUGCGCAGUUCUCAAAUGUGUUGAGUUUGUACUGAGCGCAUUGCUGUCCCUGUGGGAGACGCGCGCGGCGGCCGCGGAACCACCCCAGCAAGUUAGUGGUGAGAGCGGUGCCAGUGCUGGGAUGAGUAACGCGAUGAGCGCUUCUGUGGGUAGUGGCCGUGGAGACAGCGGAACGGUGGGCAGUGGGGACGGCGGCGAUGAUGGCGAUGAUGGCAAUGACCGGGAUGGCGACAGGGGAAAUUACCCCAGGCAUGAUGAUGAGGAGGAGGAGGAGGAGAACGACGACGAGGAAGACGACGACAAGGAGGAGGACACCCACGGGGGUGAUGAGUCGCACGUGGAGAGUAACUCCCGCAUGGAUAAUGAUUCACGCAUGGAUGAUAAUUCGCUCGUGGAGAGCAACCCCCCCCGCGGUAGCAACAGCCGCAGCGUCCACAGCAGGAGCAGCAACAGUAGAAGCCGUCCCCCCACGGGAACAGCAGAAGGACCUAAAGAGGACAAGAAAAACACCAGGCAGAGCAAAGGAAAGGGACAAAUAAAAAACAAAACAAAAACUAAAGUAAAAAGUAUUAAAGAAAAAAAGACAAAGAGCAAAACACCCAGAGAAAAGAAAGGAAGCAAGCUCACCAAAGGUCACAUCGGCCACUACCUUACUAGGAGUGAAAACCUGGGUAUUGUAAAUGUGGAGUAUCUUAAUGAGGGCAAUGAGGAUAGGAACAGCUGCACGCUUAGCAAUGCACUUAGCAACACACAUAGCAACGCACUUAGCAACAUGCAUAGCAACACGCAUAGCAACAUGCAUAGCAACAUGCAUAGCAACAUGCAUAGCAACGCGCUUAGCAAUGCAUGUAGCAACGGCUGCAGCAGCAGAGAUCGUAGGACUGCCCCUGCAUACUUCACAAAUGAAGAACAGAGCAGGGCUUCCCUUAGGAACCCCCUCAACCCCGAGGAGUCAAUGGAAGAGACCAGCAAAAAUAUUGAUUUGAAAAUAUUGGACAUUAUAAGGAACAACUACAAUAAAGAAAGUUAUGAAGCUACCACCAUACCUCUUCUUCGUGAUGAUCUGUCUGGCCUCUCCCGGAUGGAGGAGGAGCAGGAGGACUGUGACGAGAAGAACAGUAGCGUCAACAAGGCGGAUGGGAGUUCCCGCCAUGUGGUGCAGAAGAAGGAAGGCGGGGGGAGUGUACGUGUUUCAGAUGUGAAGGGAAGUGAAGAGGGCAAGAAGCAUAAAGUGAAGAAGGAGAGCGGCGUGGCUAGUAAGAGGGACAUGAAGAAGGGUGCCAAGGGGGGGGAGGGCAAGAAAAAAGAAAAGGAGCGUAAGGAGGGCACCAAGGAGGGGAAGAAAAGGCCAAAAAAGGGAGCAGCAUCAUUAGGGGUAACGAAAAGUGGAGCGGAAGCGACUGCAGCAGGGGUGCGAACGGCCAACGGGGAUGUCAACGGGGAUGUGCACGGUGAUGCGAACGGCGAUGUUAACGGGACGGCCGAGGGGACACCGGAUGGAAGAUGUGUGCGCGAAGGACAGGGGACCAAGACACCAACGACAGUCACGUCAGAGCGACAGGCAGAGUCCUCGCAAGAGCAACCCAUAAGGGAGUCUCAAGGACCUCCAGCAAACGGGUUUAUGCAGCCAAUGGAACAGCUGAAUGGGGACCCACCGGGAGGAAUGGCGGAAGAGCGGGAAGCUAAGAAGGAGGCAAAGAAAGAGGCCAAGAAGGAAGCUAAGGAGACAAAAAAAAAAACCCAAAAGGGAGAAAAAAACAAAAGCGAAAAUGGAGGUGAAGAGAAGGCGAUCGAGCACACGGGUGGUCCAAUGGAGGACAAGGGGGACAUCCCGGACUGCGAGAAGGGGGAGGAUGUGAAAGGGGACGCACCGGAUGGAGUGUACAGUGAAGCGAAGGAAGCUAAGAAGGAGGCAAAAAAAGAGGCAAAAAAAGAGGCAAAAAGGGAGGCCAAAAAGGAGGCCAAAAGGGAAGCCAAAAGGAAGGCCAAGAAAGAGGCCAAGAAGAAUCCUAGCAAAGACCCAAGCGGAGACCCCAGCGCGAAAAAAAAGAAGAGGACAAAGAAACGCAAAGGCGGCAACGAUUCAGACAUGGAGUGGGAGAAUUUCAACCCCCACGCGGAGCUCUGCUACCCACAGGGAACGCAGCCCGUGCCCAAAGGGGCACCAAGAGCAAGCAAGGAAAUCAUGGACUCAUACAAUAUUAAAAAAAAGGAAACAAAAAAAGGUAAAAAUAAAAAUAGCGACUUUUGUUCUUCUAAUGAUGUCACCGUUGGAGAGUUGUAUAGAUCGAACGAGGUUAAGAGAAUCUACACCAGUGAAAGUCCUGGGGAUUGUCAGCACCAGGAGAAGACAAACGUAACGCACAAAUAUGAAAUGAAGAUGCAAGAGGGACAGUUCACACAAACAUGUGCUCGUGUUAAGAAAGACGGGGUAGUUAGGAACCCGUGGAUGGAGGAUGGCGAGUUGGCACCCCGUGGAAGGAACAAUCAUAUGUACACAGGGCAAGAUGAAUGCAGUGACGAUUACACUGGGGGGGCGUAUAGCGCUGAAUGCGCUGACGAGUACAUGGACGCGCGCAGCGAUGUGGUUCAUGGCGACUACGGAGAUGGCCGCUUCAACGAGGGCCGCUUCAAAGACGGUCGGUACGGAGAUCAUGUUGUAAAGCCCUGUGAUGCUCAUAACAGCACCAACCAGGACAGAAAAGCAAUGCAUAAGCGAAGCUUUGAAAGUACAAGUCCAUACAAUUCAAAUGAACUUAACAAAAGAGAGCGCCCAAACAAAAAAGGCAAAGUGGAAGGAACAAUUUUCUCUUCGAAUAGGAUCUCAGAUCAGAGGCUGUACAGUGCACCAAUGAAGAAAGACAUGGUAGAGGUUGAUCAGGAUGCAGAGGAGGAAGACACAUGGGUGCGCGAUGCGUUGGGUGGUGCAGGUAGGAUGGACAGAAGCAGAGUGAAGAAGAAUCUGGAAGAGGCAGUCCAUGUAAGUGCAAGGGGAGAGGAAGGAGAUGAUGAAGAGGGGGAGGAGUCAGAUGUAGGUGAUUCUGAGGGGGAGGAAGGGAAAGGCGUGGGGGCUAGAAAAAUGAUGCAGCAUGAGCGAGUCAUGCGGGAGGUGCCCCGCAUGCAGUUGCAGUCGCCGUUGAAGCAAGCGCAGCUGUAUGAUCAUGUGGAUGGCACGCACAACUACACCAAGAGGGAAGUCAAACGGAUGGCAGAAGACUCGCUGGAGAGAGGGGAAAGCGAAGAACAAGAGGAGACAAUUCCCUACGGUUUUGUAAAGAAGGAAAACCAUUACGAAGAGCAUAUUAGCAAAAAUGGCCUAAGCGUGAACACAUUGAAGAGGUACACAUUGGACAGAGGAAACAAUAGCAGUAGUAAGAGGGGUCCAGCUGAGGGGUUGAAAAAAAUCGUGAGAAGGGAUGGUGGCUACUCCAAUAAGAACCACGUCCAUGGGGAGAGGAGCUGGAAGAAUGUGUACACCACAUCCGCCGGGAGAGAACAAGAUACAUCAAGUAGUGAUGAAAACAGAGGGAGCACCUACAGUGAUACCAUCAACCCAAGCAACUGCAGUGGCGACGAACGAGUCGACUUUGCACGAAGAAGAGACAGAAAUGAAACAGAAGAUAAUGUAUAUGUGGACAAGUACAAGAAUAAGAUAUUCGUAUUUGAUAGUAGAAGAGAAAAUUGUGUCAUCUGUUGCAUGUUGGGGGAUGCUUUUACCAACCCCAUAGAUCAUGGUGUGCAUAGCCUAAGGGAAAGGAACCCCUUUUACCUACUGUGGCAAGAUGAAGUAGCAGGAAAAUUGAUCAAGCAACUCCUAUAUGCUAAUUACCUGUUCGUAAUAACUUUACAAAAUGGGCGAUAUAUACUUAACGUUUUUCAUAUAGAAAGUAGGUUGGUGCUUUAUAAUUUUGUCCUCCCGUUAACAACAGGCAUUUGUGAUAUGUGUAUUAUAAAGACUUUUCGCGUGGGGAUGGACACCUACACCUUCUUCUACCUGCAAGACUCUACAAAGAGUUAUUACAUUUACCAGCUACUGAAUUAUUGCACCGUGUCGUUGCUCUACCAAUUUGAGACAUCCGACCUGGGGGUCGACGUGCGUAGCGUGAGGAUGAGCCUCAUUGAGCGACUCACCAGGGGUGGUGCUCGAGAGAAGGGGGUGAAGAAGAGAAAGAAACGUCUGAAGAAUUUUUUGAAGCAUAUCCUAUCCCAGCAGGGAACAGGUGAUGAUGUGGUUAGCGCAAAAGGGGGCAAUUGUAAAAGGAGUAGUCUCAGAGGAGAGGAGGAAAGUGCCCUAAACGGGUUCCUCAAAAAAAGGUCAAAGACGAAAACGAAAAGGAAGUCCAAUGGGGGAGUGACUAAAGAAGUGAAUGAAGAAGAAAAAAAACACAAAGACAUUCAAAAGUUAAUAAAAUAUAUGACCUUUUAUGAAUACCCCAGUGAGACCACCCACCAAGGGGUAGAUCCACAACAGGUGAAUCGCAAAUGGAUGAAAUUUGAGGCUAACGUGGAGGGGAUAAAAAAGGAGAAAGCUUCUUCCUUGUGGAGGGACGACACGUCCCCAUUUUGCAUCGAGGGAAAUGCGGACGGGGGGGGACCCCUUGUGCAGAACGACCUCGCGCUGGGAAGUAUGAGCGUCCAUUUUGCGGGCACCAAGUGGGCGGGCCAAAUGGAAAUGUCUUCCUGCCUCUUCCCCUCCAACGAGUCGGACCUCUGGACUGGUUACCCAGCGCACCGCUUAACAAAAAAUGGCCAAGCGGGUGACCAAAAUGGCAUGAAUUGCCUGCACCCCCAAAAGAGGAAAAGACACGUGGACGACGCGUUUGAGAGUAACAUACACGGAAAUGACCUUCUGUACGAUUUGAUUUACAAGAAGAGGAACUUCCCCUACAGCUACAUGUGCAUUUUUGUAUAUUUAAAGAAUGGGAUGAUUUUUCUGGUUCGAAGAAAUUUGAUUGCAAAGGGGGGACAAAAGCCUGGGGCCCACCAGAUGGGUAACCAGGCGACUACCCUCUCGCUAACCGAGCAGUUGUGCCAUGACGACGGGGUGACCCUCGUGUCGCGCAUGGACAACGUGCACUACAAUAAGGCGCUCUACUGUGAUGUGCAAAUGGUGGAAGAUAGCAUCGUCGAUGGUGGCGCGGUGUAUGAUGUGCACGAUAGCGCCGCCGAACAUGUGGACGAUGGUGUGCACGAUAGCAUGGUGCAUGGGGGACGCCUCCUGAGCAGACACGCUCAGAGCACAGGGACAAGUGCACACUUCAACACAUGCGACAACCUCCACGCAAUACAAAAACAAGGACUAAAAAACAUGUACACGUGCAGCAACUUUUUUAGCAUAUAUGAAUUUGAUAUAAAACAGCUCCUCAGGAGGGAUGACAUUUUUGAAGAUGUGAAGAGGCGAAGCAGUGGCAGCAGCAGCAGGAAGAAGAAUAAGAAGAUGAAAAAGUUGAAAAAGACCAAAGGGAAACAUUUGCACGAAGGUACAGAAGACGUUGGAGAGGAGCAGGUAUUACAAGAGUACUGCUCAGAUUCAAGGAAUGGCGCCACUGUUAACACAACGACUGAACUCUCCCCCAAUAUAAACCUAGCCCAUAUGAUGUAUUCCACUUCGAACAGAAAAAAUUGCCUUUUAAAAGACGUAAGUGAAGGGGACAGUAGGGUGAAACAUUUACCAGGCUCAGUUAACAACGGGGAGGGGUUACAGGAUCCCCAUUUGAAGGAACCCAUGUUUGAUGGAUGUACUAAAUUUGGACCCAAUUGGAUGGAGAGCCCCCAGCUGGGAAGCGAGAAGGUAUCAUGUGUGAGUGUUCAACUGAAUGAACCGAAUGGCCGUCCCCACUCGCGCAGCAGUCCCACGACAGGACACGCCCUUCCCUGGAGCGACUCCGAUGAGGACCUACCCGACACCCUAACGAGACCUGUAGAAGCGGGUGACGCAGGGUUGGAGUCGGCCGACGGGCGAAUCAGCAGUGGGGAAGACAGCCAAGAUGGUAGCCAAGACGGCAGCGAAGAGGUCAGUGACAACGUGAAUGGCGUUAUCAACCGCAAGCACCGCGUCGACACCGCCAUGAGGAACAAACCCAAUGUGUACCUCAAGACGGUCAAGUUCCUGGAGACGCAAAUGCGUUACAGCCUCUUAGUAAUGAACAAAAGGACCUUCUUAAAAUACCUACACGCCUAUCUCAAGCUGCUGUUGGAGUAUGCAGAUGUGCAGAGGAUUCAGCAGAGCUUCCAGUACUUCGUGCACACAGCAUUGUACCAUGCGCAAACUUUCCUGUCUGACUUACACAUAUUUUUAGAACGCGUGGAAGAACCCUACUGGGUGGACACCAAUGCCUUACUCUCCAUGCAUGUACAUUUCUUCUUUUUGGUUUUGUUCAUUUAUAAUAACUUUUUAUUGCCUAUAUAUAGAAGGGUGAGGGGAAGGAAGGACGACGACAGUCAGGUGAACCCUCGCUUCCAGCCCUUCUUGGCCUUCCUCAGGGAGUCGCAAAAUUGCAUGUGUCACAUCAGGAGGAUCUUCCUGCGCAACUUGCGUUACAUAGCGUCUUCAUGA